AUGACAAUCCUUCAUGGUCGCAACUUUCCAAACCUAUUAGAAGUCUCAAGUAUACCAAGUGUGAAUGAUUAUUGGAAGCAAAGAUUAUACGACAAAUUAACUCAAGUGUUCUACAAUUUCCCCAUUAAGGAAAACUCCAAAAAAAAGUUUUACGAUACAAUCUCCAAUGACAAAAUCCAAGUGAUAGGAAAAGAGCUCAAUCCAGGAAAUAGAGGAAUUGAGUCACGUCGAUAUUUUAAAGUGGGUUCAAAUUUGAUGGACAUUUCAACACUAUCUGUAUCAUUUUGCAAUCCCGUGGCAACCAGAAAUGCAAUACCGUAUAUAAAACACUAUCAACAGAUUUUAGCACCUUUCGCCAAGACUGAUGAAUUACACGAAACUGAGGUUGCAAUCUUGAACCUUUCAAUUGUUACACUCUUCAAUUAUCUCGAAGAUGCCGAAUUUGCAUACAAGAUCAAUAAUUUAUGCACUCACCAUCUGCAAAUUAAAUGUGAUAAGCAAAUGUGUCGCAAAAGGGAUAAGAUAAAAAAUGUGUUGGUUCAAAUCAUGCUUUCUUUUUUUGUCGACUUUCAUCCCGCAUUGGUGGCUUAUAAAAGAGGAAAUAUCAAAAUUGCAAAAUGCAAUUGGAAGUUUUUGGAAAACUUUGUUAAUUUAAUCUUUAUCAAUUGCAACACAUUGGUAGAUUACAAAUUCAGAAUCGUGGGAUACAAUUUGGACCCUCAAUUUUCCAUGAUAAAUCACAGUUGUAUGCCCAACUCCUGUCAGGUUGAAACAGAAUACGGAUGCUAUCGUUUGAUAAAUACUUUACCAAUCAAUGCAGGUGAUGAGAUCACGGUCAAUUAUAUUGCUUCAGGCAUACCAACCGAAUUACGCCAAGUUCAGCUAUUCUCGAGGUAUUUCUUUAGAUGCAAAUGCCCACUAUGCAAUCUGAAAUGUGACAUUUUCUUCACUAUGCAAUGCAACUCUUGUUUCAACCCUAUCAAGUCACCAAGCCUAAGUGUUGUUUUAAGCGCACCAAAUACAAUAAUCAGGGAAACUAGCUGUUCAAAAUGCUGUAAACAAUUUGAUAACGAGUUGUACAUCCGACAAUUUCAAAUUCGCAAUUUUUUCAUCGCUCUUAUAUACAGUUCAAAAUCAUAUAAAGACUCCGAAGUUGAAGCUUUUGUCAAUCGAUUGCAUAUGGAAUUCAAAAGUUUAACUGGAAAUUUUGGAACAGCUUCAUUAGUCAAGAUGCUUGAUAGAGCAAUAGAUGAUUUUUGCAUACCUGAAAAAAAAAUUGAAACAAUCAAGAUCUUGAUAGAUGAAGUAAUGCGAAAAAAAGUGUUUCAAAUAUACACCUUUCCUUUCAACUUGAUUGUGCAAAGAUUACUAGUGGCAAGCAGUGAGGUUAAUGAUUUUAAGACGGGUAUGGAAUAUUUGAAAUUAUAUGCUAGAUAUCUAUUCGCAAUAAAAUUGCCAACUGACAUAUCAAAUCAAUUGUUGUUUAACAAGUGUUUAUACCUUGACUUGGCUGAUGGUAUUUUACAACUAUUAAAUCAUUUAAAAAGCGAGAAAAUAGCCACAUGUUUCGGAUCGUAUCAGGAAUCUAUGGAAAUCCUUGCACAAUGUGCAUUCUUCUUCUACAAACAAGUCGACUCUUUGUUUGAGCUACAAUAUGUAGAAGAGAAGCUCAUCUCCAUUCGAGAAGAGUUUCGACAUUCAAACAAAUGUAGCAAGUUAUCAAUCCAUUCUUGUUUAGAAAAAUUCUUCACCUUCACCGAUGCCAACAUAUACAGUACCAGAACGAGAUUUCUCAUUUUCAACGCAAAACAAAAGCAAGUAACACUACUCCACACAUUCGACUCUGAGGAAUACUUGUGA